AUGAGGUUAACCGGCCCCAUUUCAAACAACUUUAGAAAAUAUAUUCUGUUACCAGCAACCUAUGGGAAAAAGAGAAACCAAGAGCUUUCAUGGUUAGGUAAGCUAAUCUUCAUGCUUAUUCCUUUGCGUUGGGAAACUCUUGUGAUUUGUGUAUUCCUUGUGUUGAAUUUUGUUCUUUUGUUUGCUAACUUAUACUACGUUGAGAAUGAUCCACUUUUCCCAACUAAGAAGGGAGCAUUCAAUAAGUAUGUUGGUGACAGAUCAGGUAUUGGUGGAACAAUGUUGACCCCAAUGCUUGUUCUUUUUGCUGGUAGAAACAAUAUUCUUCUGUGGUUAACUGGUUGGAAUUAUGCCACAAAUAUUACUUUUCACAAGUGGGUUAGUCGGAUAUCGUUCCUUUUGAUCCUUAUUCAUUCUAUUUGCUACACCGUGAUAUUUGUUGGUCGUGGUGAUUAUAAGGAAGAGAUGAAGGAAACAUACCUUAUAUGGGGUACUGUUGGAACAGCUGUUAUGGGAUUGAUCAUGUUACAAGCAAUGUUACAAUUUCGUCGGCGUUGGUACGAAACAUUUGUGCUAUUUCACAUCCUACUUGCUGUGUUCUAUAUUAUUGGUUGUUGGUACCAUUUGGCUGAUUUGGGAUACUUACAAAUGAUUAUCCCGGCAAUAGCUCUCUGGGGUUUCGAUCGCGUCGCUCGACUUGUAAGGAUGUUCAUUUAUGGAUUCCCUGAAGCUUGUGUUACGUUAUUGGGUAAUGGCAAUGGGAUAGAUCCGUUGACAAAGGAAGCUGCAACAUUGAAAGUUGUAGUACCUAAAUCAGACCAUUGGAGAAUGUCUCCUGGAGGACACGUGUGGAUCUACUUCUUGAAACCAACAUGCUUUUGGCAAUCGCAUCCAUUCACCUGUAUCGAGUCUCUCGAUGGUAAGUCCAUAAUUCUCUACUGUAAGGUGAAGAGUGGAGUCACCUACAAUUUGUUUAAAUAUUUGUUGGUCUCACCCACCAAAGAAGCCAAAAUACGUGUAUCAGUUGAAGGACCAUACUCCGAGCCAUGUCAAUACAAGAGAACCGAAUGUGUGAGCUUCAUUGCAGGUGGUAACGGUAUCCCUGGUUUAUACUCUGAAGUUACGCAUUUAGCUAAGAAAAGGCAGCCUUCAAAGGGGAAACUCAAGUUGCAUUGGAUUAUAAGAGACUACGGUUCUAUAAUGUGGUUCUAUGAACAAUUGGAAGCAUUGAAAGAUGUACAAGUUGAAACCACCAUCUACUUAACUAAGCCAAGCCAAACCUUGGCCCACUUUGACAGCAACAAAGACACGGAUGAUGAUGAUGCUGAGAAGAAGAGCAGAGAAAGUGUAUCUCUUGAUAUUGCUCAUUUGAAGUCUUGUCUUUCACAUAUCAAUUUUGUUGAAGGUAAACCGCUUGUGGAUGAUAUCAUUAGAAAUGAUUUAGAAGAAACAAGUAAAUCAGUUGCCUUUGUGGCUUGUGGACACCCCAUGAUGGUCGAUGACGCUAGAUACGCUCUUGUUCAAUCCUUGACCCAAAAUAAGGGUAAAAGAGUUGAUUUCUAUGAAGCUUUACAGGUAUGGACCUAA